CUCGAGCUCCUUUUUCCGGUGCAUUACGGUAUUUAUGCAACCUCCGGGGCGGAGUUUUACGUAACCGUCCUGCACUUCACCCACAUGCCGGCUGAGUAUUAAUCAAGAACUAUAUGUACACCGUUUUGAUAGUAGUAUAAUGGCUGCUUGUGCUUUUGUUGUCAAGCUUUUACCGUCGGUCGGAAGACGGUUUUGCAGCAGAGCUUCAUGUCCCGCACGGUCAGCUGUCCGUGCGUUUUCAAUGCAUACAACUCGUUUUCAACUGCACAGAGUGGAGGGGACAAGUGUCCUGACAGGGAGAGUGGACCGGUUCGGUGGAGUGACAGUCAACCUGGCUGAGGUCGGUUUACCGGCGGACAUCAGCGAAAGCUCAUUCAGCAGAAUGCUGCAAGAUUCUUUGCUCCAGUGGAAAGCAGAUGGGAAAGUUGCGGUGUGGCUUCGAGUGCCCAUCUCACUGAGCCGAUGUGCAUCCGCCGCCUCCACUCAUGGCUUCACCUUCCACCACGCCAAAGACAACCACGCUGUGUUGGCUCUCUGGCUGGGAGACGGGGAAAGCAGGCUGCCUGGGUUUGCAACUCACCAAAUCGGAGUUGCAGGUGCAGUCGUUGAUGAAUCCAAUGGAAAGGUUCUUGUCGUCCAAGACAGAAAUAAGACAAAGAAUGCUUGGAAGUUCCCCGGUGGUUUGUCUGAUCAAGGAGAAAAUAUUGGUGCCACUGCUGUUCGUGAAGUCUUCGAGGAGACAGGCGUUCGCUCGGAGUUUAGAUCUCUGCUCAGCAUCCGGCAGCAGCACAACCACCCCGGGGCGUUCGGUAUGUCGGACAUGUACAUCAUCUGCCGACUGAGCCCGCUCACCUACGACAUCAACUUCUGCACUCAGGAGUGUCUGCGCUGCGAGUGGCUGGACCUCUCCGAGCUUGCCAAGACCCACGACACCACGCCUAUCACGUCUCGUGUAGCCAGGCUGCUGCUUCACGGCCUGGAGCAGGGUUUCCACAAGAUCGAUCUCACCAUGGAGGAGCUUCCAGCCGUCUACUCUGGGAUGUUUUACCAGCUGUACCACAGGCAGCUCCCUCCUACACUAAAAUCCUAGCAAGCCCUUAUCUACCUGAUGGGGUUAGCAUAUCAUGGCUAGCUUUGUUAAGGGGUAUUCAUGACUGGAAUUAUGUUACUGUUGAAGAAAAGCAGUGCAAUACUGUGUACUACAACAUCCACUUUGUGGUUUUUGAAGAAUUAUGCCACUUUUGCAGGAUUGUUUUAAACGGUUUAUUAAAUGCUAUCUUGGAAGUCGA